AAGUUCUUCGGACGAACAGUUGUCAUCACUGGUGCUUCUCGUGGAAUUGGAAAAGAGAUAGCGUUGAAAUUAGCAAAGGAUGGAGCUAACGUUGUCAUAGCUGCCAAGACUGCGACUGCUCAUCCGAAGCUUCCAGGAACUAUCUAUUCAGCCGCUGAAGAGGUUGAAAAGGCUGGAGGAAAGGCGUUACCAUGUGUCGUUGACGUGCGAGAUGAAGCAUCAGUGCGUACUGCCGUGGAAUCGGCUGUGAAGAAAUUUGGCGGUAUAGAUAUACUGAUUAACAAUGCAUCAGCCAUUAGCCUCACCAACACCGAAGACACAGAGAUGAAGCGAUACGAUCUUAUGCAUUCGAUAAACACCAGAGGGACAUUCCUAAUGUCCAAGACUUGCCUACCCUAUCUGAAACAAAGCAAAAAUGCGCACAUUUUGAAUAUUUCUCCACCCUUGCUAAUGGAACCUAGAUGGUUCUCCAACCAUGUGGCGUACACAAUGGCAAAGUAUGGUAAUGUCAAUGUGCGUGCUUGGAAUGCAUGA